CAUCUGACAAGUAUCUUGCAAGCUCGUCACGCGUGGCCGAAAGUUUGUAUCGUCGAUGACUGUUACUUGUGCUACCCUACGAAGGUGUAAUUAACCAUGGACCUCAUUGAUUGUUAACGAUUACAAUUAUUUUACAUUCUUUUCGGCCUGUACUUGGGGGAAAUUUUGAGACAUGCUACUGAGCAGCACAAUUGCUCCCCAAAGUGCACUGGGAAGACGACGUGGUUAAUUAAAUGUAAAAGCGGGUGCCAAGGAAGGUUGAUCAAUGGAAACGGACCCGCGCGGCGAAGCUGGGGAGGCGGAGGCGCACCCCGGAGUGCUCAAUAUAAUGUGCUGGAACAUAAAUUGCCUGACGCCCACUGUCCGGAACAUGGAGCUGCGGCACAAGAGCUUCCGGGGCUUCAUGGACCACUUGCAAUUGGAUAUAGCGUGCUUUCAGGAAGUCAAGCUGCCAGCCGCCAGGAUAACCCGCGAGCUGGCGUGUGUCGAGGGUUUCCAGUCCUUUUGGGCCUCGUCCACCUCCAAGCCGGGCUAUAGUGGUGUGACCACAUGGUGCCGUACUGCUACAGCCGCUCCACGGGAUGCGGCUGUGGACUGCCUGGGUGGCGAUGAGCGACCGGAACUCGACACGGAGGGCCGGUUCGUCCUCACGGACCACGGGGCCUUCGUGCUGCUGAAUGUGUAUGUGCCCAACGCGGGGGACCGACCGGAGCGGGCAAGGCUGCCGUACAAGCUGGCGUUCCUGCGGGCCCUGCGCACCAAAAUGGACGAGCUCACGGCGCUUGGGCGGCAGGUGGUCCUUGUGGGUGACCUGAACAUCGCCGCGGAGCGUCGCGACGUGCAUCCGACGCUGGACUUCGACUCCAUGUACGACAAGCAGGAGCUUGCGGAGUUGUCUGGCCUUAUUGCGGCGUACCCAGACGUGUGGCGACAUCUGCACCCUGACACCGAGGGGUCGUACACUGUAUGGGACGAGCGAACUAGCGCGAGGGCCUUUAAUACGGGUCUCCGCAUUGACUACGUGCUCGUCAGCCCAGGAUUACUGCCGUACGUGCAGUCGUGCGAGAUUCUAACCGCCGCCGCCAUUCCACCGAAAUGGUCGGACCACGCGGCAAUCCUGCUCACGCUGCGAGUUCAGCGAGCGGUAGAGCCUGAGUCGGCGUCGGAGCAGGCCCUCCCAAGGCCCCUGCCAUCGGUUGCGGCGAUGGUGGAAAAGGGUGAGGAAGAGAUGCGCCAGCUGCGGCCUCAGCUACUUCAGACGGCACCGGAAACGGCGGUCCUGGAGGGUGGCGUGGACACCCGCGCCGCAAUCCAAGAGAUGCCAGGUACUGUCGGCAAUAGCAGCGGCAACGGCGGUGCUGCCAGCGGCAGUAGCGGAGACGGCUUUGCUGUGGUUUCGUCAUGCUGCAUUGGUGCUACAGGCCCUGAUGUUCGUGGCGACGCGGCUCCCGCUGUAGAGCCGCCACCGCAUCUAUUCCUACCGCCGCCUGCAACAGCGCCCUGCACGCUGUGGCGGGACUUGGAAGCCCGCUUCGUAGACAAGAACCAAAAGACCAUUCGCGACAUCUUCAGCCGGCGACCGCAACUUGUGGUGCCAGCAGCUGGUCGAAAGGCCAUUGCCACUUCCCCUGGAGCUACGUCCGCACCCACUUCGGUGGCGCUGGCGGGACCCUGUGGGCCGCAGCCAUCAACAACAGCGGUUCUGCCUAGCCCUGUUUGGUCGUUGGUGAAGGGAAAUAGCACGGCAGCUUAUGCCGCGGGCGCUGUUAGUUGCCACACCGACGCAGCUGUUGCCACUGGCAGCAACAGGAAGCGUGCAGCAGUAGCAGCUGCUGACGUUGAGGGGGAGGCCACUCAGACGCCGCGCCCGGCACCGGCGCUUCGGACGGCACUGGCCGUAACCAGAGGGCCGAAUGCUGCGGUAGCUUCCGAUACGACGGUAUCCUGCGGUUUAGACGCGUCAAGCGCUCAGCUGCAACAGGGACUUCCUGACGAGGUUGGGGAACGCCAUGCUUCAAAAGCUGAACUGGUCCCGAAAUGCGAUGCUGCUGCAGAUACGGAUAUGGACAUGGCCACGUGUGCUAAGGGAAACGGCGGCGUUGGUGGCGAGCACAGGUCCGCUGGCGGUGCAUCAGGGCAGGAAGGUGUCCACGUCUGGCCGUCAGGGACAUUGACCGAAGGGUUAAGGGUGCAUGUGCCGACCCAGCAGGAUGCCUCCUGUGCAGGCCCGGCAGGGGAAGCUUUACAACCGGGCGACUGUGGUCGUGGCGAGGGCGGGCACGGUGGUGCGGCUGAGGGGGCGGAGGCGCAGGAGGCGACGGCGAGUCUUGCAACCAAUCGGGUGUCGUCCCUGCCCGCACCGCGGCCCCAGCAACCCAGCCGGCAGGUCGUGGAUGGCUACACCGACAGCAUAUCCGGAUUCCGCGUUAGCAAACCGGUAAUUGGCAGUCUGGUGCUGAGAGAGCGACUUACGGACGACUGUGUGUAUAUCGGCCUCAAGGACAUUUCCCCCUCCCGGGAGCUAGCUGGCCGCUGGGCCACCAUGGCCGUGCUAGUGAGCAAGGUUCAAGCCACGGGACGGGACGGUUCUCCGUACUGCCGCUGGGGCCUCAGUGACCUGGCAGGCAAGCAGGUGUCAUUGUUCCUCUGGCGCAAAGCGGCUUCGGAGCACUAUAAGGAGUCAGAGGGCAGUGUACUGCUGCUGUGGUCGCCCCAGGUGCGCCGUGAUGAAGGCGGAGGCGCUGGCGGCGGAGGCGGAGGCGCUGGCUACAGCCUCCAUAUCGACAAGCCGGAGAUGCUACAGCGGCCGGGGAUGUCUGCGGACUUUGGUUUGUGUCGCGGUACACGCAAGGACGGCCAGCGCUGUACAAUGCCCAUCAACAAGAGCACGUGCGAGUACUGCCCGUACCAUGCACAGGCUGCUCUUCGCGCCCUCUCCUCCAACCGCUCCGAUAUGGCGGGAGCCAACCUGCUCCAACGCCAGCUGCUGCCCCAGGCACGGGCCGCACAGAAGCAGCUGACCGCACUCACGGGGAAGCCAUUCGCGGGGAUCAACUCCCUCAUUGCCAGGCCGCCGCCAUCAAGAAUGCUGCCUGGGGCGGCAAGCGGCGCUGCCGCCGCAGCGGCAGCGGGCACGGGAGCGUACGGCGUGAGGACGGAUACGGAGGGCGAUGUCGCAGCCAGCGGAGGUGUUGUGGGUGGUAAGCGGUCCUACGGGGCCCAGCUGCUGGCCAACCUCCAAGAGCGCCAGGCAGCCGGGGAGGAAGGGGCCCCCAGUGGUCCGGCGGCGAAGCGGCACAGGUCGGGUAGCAGUGAAGCUUGGGACGGUAUUAAGUCCAUAACGACACCUGUUAGUGCAGUCAAGGCACGGGCCAUUGCCGCCGCCAGGGCGGCCGGGCAACUCGACAGGGCUCAGUCCAGCGGCGCCGCGGCAGUCCAGCACACGCCACCGGCUGCUGUACCCGCGCCACCGGCGGGCACCGGGGGCCGGAGGCAACCUAACCUCAGCGCCCCGCGUAUCUCCAUGCCGCCGCCACUUCCCGCGCAUUUGGCGGUCCUGUUGAAACCCCCGGCAACGGACGCAUCGGCCGUUGAUAAGGCACCCGAAGCCGCAGUGCAAGCAGGGACGGCAACGCGGAGGGCGUCAUCGACUGCUGGCGGGCAGGAGCUGAUUCCGCGGCGGCAGCGGCGAUCCAGUGCUGGGGCCGCAGGUCGCGACGGCAGUAGCAGCAGCGGCGAGGCAGUAGCUACGGAAGGCCCGGGGAUGCGUAGCAGUGGGCAUGAAGGUGCUGGCGGCGGUGGUGACGUGGAUGAGGGUCAUGACGAUUUGCUGGUAAUUGAGCUGGAGGAGGAUGAAAUUGAGGAGGACCUAGGGGAUGCGGAUUUUUCGGAGCCGCAAGAUGCCGCUGGAACGGGCCGGGAACGAGUUAGGGCUGCUGGUACCUCUGGUGCUGAAUGCGGGGGUUGCACUCGCGGAUCCAGCCGUGGAUCUGGGCCUGAACCUCGUGCUCGAUCCGGAUCUACUGGUUGCGAAGGCUGCGAGGAGGAUAUCGAGCUCAUGGACGGAGAGGAGGAGGGUCUGUCUUCGGCGGUUGAGGGCAAGGAGCAGCAGCAGCAGCCGCGAAGGAGCGCAUGCCAAGAUGCCGCAGGGCCGCCGCAGCGGGGCGUGUUUCCGGACGCGCAGCCAGGCCCUUCGGGAAAGGAGGCUUGCGGCCUUGGUCGCGAUGCAGACGCUGCGAAAGCCGAGGGGUGCGGUCUCGACGAGCUAUUAGAGCUCUUUCCCGAGCUGCAAGAUGAAGUGGAAGAGCCUCUCGGGACCGGGGCCGUGGGUGCGGUCAGUGCGCAGCAGCAAAACUGCCGUGAGCAUGUGCUCGAGGGAACAGUAAACGGCCAUACCCAGCCGCCUCCGAGUACUCGUCAACAAACAUCAGCUACAGGGAAGCCCGCAGGGACGUCGGGACCCACAGCCGCAGGUGAGGCCCCGGGCGCCGCCGGGGGCACCGGCGCUGUACGCGCCGCCGGCACCGGCACACCGGCCGCCGCCGCGACGGGGUUACUGCCCCGAGUCGCGGGGCUGUCGACGGCGCCGGCCGCCAGGGCGGCGGAGGCACGCAAGCAGCAAGCCGCCGCGACGAAGGCACGUGAUGAGAAACUCAAGUCCCUGGGGCUCAAGACUCCGGCUGCAACUGCGACACCGGUGGCGGCAGCAGCAGCGCCAACUAGGCCGCUCGGUGCUGCCAACGCCUCCGGCGGCGCCAGACCACAGGCUUCAGGAGCCGCAGCGGCGGCAGCCCUUGCCGCAGCCAAGGGUCUGCCGAUGCCGCGCGCUGGGGCCCGCGGCACGCCGGGCGGGGCACAGAGGUCAGCGUUGGCGGGAGCGGCUGCCGCCGCCACCGCCGCCGCGGCGCCGUUGUCGGCCAUGGCGGCAGCCUUUGGGGGGCUCGUGAAGCCGCUACCGGAGGCGGCCGUGGAGUCGCGCUACAGCGAGCUGUCUGAAGAGGCAGCUGGUGAGGCGGUGCUGUCUAUGCUGGAGGGACUGGAGGCCCGGGAUGCGCUCGUGAAGCAGCUGGACAGCAUCUCACAUCUGAAGCUGACCGCCUGGCAUUGCAGGGAGUGCAACCGGUUGUCGGAGUUCCUGGAUAAGCAGUGCCGAGCAGAUGGCCACACGCUGAGCAAGACCACCACGCUGAAGCGCUUCUGGACGUGCGACCACUGCAACGCGCGCAUCACAACCCUAGGCGUCCGCUUCCCCGCCAACCGCUGCAACCGCUGCAACAACCCUUCCCUGGAGUUCACGGCGUGCACCAUGUAUCGCGGGCCUAGGGAGCUUAAACCCGCUGGUAUGGCGGCAGCAGCGGGCCUGGCGUCCAAGGACAACUUGUUUGCCACCAUUGAUCAACACCCGGAAAUUGGCCGUCGUACAUUCAGGUAUGGAUUUCAUAUUUCCGUGAUCUGGCGUGUGUGA